UGUAUUUACCUUUUUUCUUUUCACAAUUUUCCUCGAAAAUCGAUAAUAAUAUUCCAUUGCAUUGCCGAUAACUAGCACCAGCCGCACAGGCCACUAGUCACUACGCAGGAGAGUUGUACGAAGAUCUAUUUAUCGGAGACCGUUGAAUAGCAGAACGCACCGAAAUCAUUUUAUCGCCGAAACACCACUUGAGAAUAAUAUUUUAAAAGGCCCGUUUUUGAUAUUCAUACAGUAGAUUGCUACCAUACACACUCACACACAUAAUAUAUUAAUUAUUAUACUUCUUGCAGUCAAGAGGUGAGUUUAUCUUUUCCCCCUCUGCGUUCGCUUCCGCGCAUCCAGGGUCACAAGGUGCUUGCAAGUCUUGUUUCCGACGUUAUAUUGAAGAAUCGGAGAGGUUGCAGAUUUCAUUUGCUCGGCGGUUUUCCGCUGAUUAACAACAGGCUAAAUGUAGCCGGUUGUUAAUUAUUUAUUUAUUCAUUUUUUCAAAAUUUUAAAAUAGUUAAACAGUAUUCAAAUUUUGAAAUUUUGUUAAUUUAUUUUUAUCUUUCAAAGGGUAAAAAAAAAAUAUGGCCACAGAAGAUUUCUUCGAAGGGGCCGAAAAGCUGUUGGAAAUAUGGUUUAGCCGUCAAGAUGGAAAAUUUGAAAACGGAGACUUGAGAAAAAUACCAAGAGAAAAGUAUGAAGACCUCUUGAAAGCUGCUUGUUGUGAAGUAAUCAGUUACACCAGUAAUGACAAGAUUGACGCUUAUGUUCUGAGUGAAAGUAGCAUGUUUGUUACAAAACGAAGAUUCAUAUUGAAGACUUGUGGCACAACAACUCCAAUAGAAUGCAUUAAACCAUUGCUGCUCAACGUGCGUGAAUUCACUGGAUUUGAUGAAGUAGAAGAUGUGUUUUAUUCUCGUAAAAACUUUGAACGUCCUGAACUUCAAAAAGAUACAUAUCGCAACUUUAAAUUAGAAAUUGAAUCUUUAGAUAUCAUAUUUAAAGGAACUGGAGUGGCUAGGUGUAUGCGUUCAUCAAAAACAGAUGACUCUUGGUAUUUAUAUGCAUUGCACCCAGUUGAAUGUUUUGGAAAAGAAAAACAAAAACCUGAUCAAACAUUAGAGAUACUCAUGACAAAUUUGGAUCCUGAUGUCAUGCAAAUAUUCACUAAAGAACAGUCGGCUAAUGCAAGUCAAGCUACUCAGGAUUCUGGAAUAUCGGAAUUGUUGCCUAAUAUGGAAAUUGAUGAUUUCUUGUUUGAACCCUGUGGUUAUUCUAUGAAUGGUAUUGCGAAAGAGGGACAUUAUAUGACUAUUCAUAUAACUCCACAACAAGAAUUUUCUUAUGUUAGUUUUGAGACCAAUGUUCCUCAAAGCUCUUACAAGGAACUCAUUUUAAAAGUGCUAAAAACAUUCCAACCAGAAAAAUGUGUGCUUACCAUGUUUACUAACGAGAUAUCCCCAAGUAAUUCAAAUCAUAAGGAAUUUAAAUAUCUAACACAUCUGGGUGAAUGGCAGCAAGACUCAAACAAGACUUGUUCUCUAAAGAACCAUGACCUAACUGUAUCGUUUUACUCCAAAUACCCAAGCUGAGAUCAACCGGUCUGGGACACGCCUCUCAUCGAAACCGAAAUGCUGCUAUUGCCACAUUACACAGCUGUCCUAGUCGUUCUAGUCUGCAUAAAAACUCUAUGUAUCCCCAAACCUAUUUAUCACUUUGCGUGGCGUCGUUUUAAAAUAGUGUAGUUAUCCUACAACAUUCCGGUGCAUACCAGAAUUCUAUAACAUAGUUGUUUUUAUUUGUUCGUGUAAUUUUUUCAAAAAAAAUAUUCAUGAACAUUGUAUGUUCCUGUUACGGACACUAUAUACGCUUGGUUCAAUUGUGAUUAUGUGGCAAGCAUUUUGAUUUGAGGCAGAUACAAAAUUGAUGCGCCAUAAAUAAAUUUCCAUUUAUAAAUAUUUGUUAUUACAUUUUUAUAUAUAUUUUUUUUCGAAACAUUACAUUCUCUUAGACUGUUUAGACACCUACUACUUUUAAGUGUAUGACAUUGUUUUUACAUUUUAAUUAUGCAUUUUAUUAUGUUAUUUGUUUUAAAAUAUUAAUUUAUGAAAAUAAAUUGUUUCAAAAUAGAAUGUUAUAUAUUAUAAAGUUAUAAACUUAGUUAUUAAAAGCUUUAGUUUAUA